AUGCCCAAGAGAAAGGCUGACCAGGAUGCUAAAGGCGAUAAAGUCAAGGUGAAGGACGAACCACAGAGAAGAUCCACGAGGUGGUCUGAUAAACCUGCUCCUCCAAAGCCAGAGCCCAAGCCUAAAAAGGCCCCUGCAAAGAAGGGAGAGAAAGUGCCCAAAGGGACAAAGGGAAAAGCUGAUGCUGGCAAGGAAGGGAAUAACCCCGCAGAAAAUGGAGAUGCCCAAACAGAGCAGGCACAGAAAGCUGAAGGUACUGGAGCUGCCAAGGGAAGUCGGAUCCUCUUGGGGCAGAUAAGGCCAGACAGCUCUCCAGGGCGCAGGCUUGCUCGUCUGUGUGGCCAAGUCCCCAGCUCUGACCACCGGCCAUAUUGGAUUCUGCACUCGAUGAUUCCAGGGCUGCUCCGCUGCAGUUGA